AUGAGAGUCGCCGUCAUUGGAGGCGGUCCGGCCGGAUUGACCACGCUCAAGCAUCUGCUUGAAGCGCACAAGUUCGUUGGCGGGGAUCCUGUCGAGGCGAAGUUGUUUGAAGCAGAAGAAGGUAUAGGCGGCACCUUUCUCAAGCGCAUGUAUGAAGACGCCGAGUUGGUAUCGUCCAAGUACCUUACAGCGUUUUCCGACUUCCGGGCCCGCGAAGACGACCCCGAUUACCUCCCCGCGGCGAGAUACCUCGAGUACCUCGGCCAGUAUGCCACUGCGUUCGACUUGUGGCCAUUUAUACAGUUGUCGACCCCAGUGACGGCUGUCCGACGCAAAGGCCGCUCCCAUGUCAUCAGCUAUGCCACGCAGGAUGGCAAGGAGGGGUCGUGGAUGUGCGAUGCUGUCGCCGUCUGCUCGGGUCUGCACGUAACGCCCAAUAUACCGUCACUCGAGGGCAUCGACAAGGUUUCCAAGUCUUUUCAUUCGUCUAGCUUUAAGUCGCGCGAGCAGUUUGGCUCCGACACGACGGUUGUUGUCCUCGGCACGGGAGAAACUGCUAUGGAUAUUGCUCAUCUGGCUGUGACGGCGCCAACUAAGAGAGUCGUUAUAUCUCAUCGCGACGGGUUCAGUGUCGUUGCUAAGCGAACACCGAGCCCCAUAGUAUUCCCUUCCCUGGCAAGCCAGCUGCAGUCGCCGAACCCGCCCGUGCCGGUAGAUACAUAUCUUCACGCGAGCCACAAGUGGGGAAAACUACCCGGCAACGUAUUCGACCGCUUGGUCAAGCAGGGCAUGUGGCUCAUGACUGGUACGAGUGCCGGUUAUGAUCAGUGGGUGGGCGGUUAUCCUUCUUCACGAUGGCACACAUCAAAUGUCAUCUUCACCAAGUCCAGCAAAGCGAUGCCAUACAUUAGCAAGCCAUACAGAAAAGACACGUUUUUCCAGCGUUUACGCUCCAGCAUCAUUCAAGUGCCUAUUCCCGAGACACACGGCCGUCAGAUUGACAUAGCGCCCUGGCCAUCUCACAUAGACAGCAAUGGCGUGCUCCAUUUCAUGGACAACGGUCGACCGGAGUACAAUCGCAUCAAAGAAGCCGAGAUAGUAAAGCCCGACGUCCUCGUCUUCGCCACAGGCUACACCCAACGCUUCGACUUCCUCGACUCAACAUACCCAAGCACCUCCGACCUAGACGUACGAGACGUCUGGCGUCGCGACGAGCCAAGCGUCGGCUUCAUUGGGUUCGUGAGGCCCGGUUUUGGCGCGAUCCCGCCACUAGCGGAACUGCAGGCGCAGCUUUGGGUGGUGAAUCUCCUCGCCCCCGAGCGUCUGCAGCCCCUUCUGCCCCAGGACGAGCCGCACUAUCGGCUUGGCAUGCCUUCGGAUGCGCGCAUCAAGUAUGGCGUUAGCCACGAUGACUACGCGAACCAGUUAGCCGUCGAUAUGAAUGCAUCGCCAUCGUUUCUGGACGCUGUGAGGUUUGGGAGCUCGCGCAAGGAGUGGUGGCGUCUUCCGCUGGUUUGGCUACUUGCGGCUGAGUUCAAUACCAAGUUUCGCCUAUGCGGGCCCUGGAAGUGGGAUGGUGCGGUUGAUGUUAUGAGCGGCGAGCUGUGGGAAGUUGUCAAACGGCGGGGUGGGCUGUUCAAACAGAUUGUGCUGUCUGGUGUACCUCUUGUGGUGUUUGGUUCUCUGCAUUUGAUGUUGUGGAUAUUUACGUCGUUGUUCAAGCCAUCCAGAUGGUAG